CCUCACGUUAGAGUUCUCAGUAACGUUACUGACAAAUAUGUCGGCCUCAGGGAGUCUCUUGGCCACCAAUAUUACGGGUAUAUGACAAGAUUAUUAGUUCAUUAUUUUAUCUUCUUAUUUUUCUUGUCUUUAACUUCCGUAUUGGUGGAUAGGCCUGCAAGACAGAAGCUAUUUAUUUCAAAGUAGUAAAAAAACAAACAAACAAGUGGCGUCCACCCCUAGCUAGCAGUUAACGUCAGCUACGUUAGUUACGUUAGUUACGCUCGUGAGGUUAGCUGCGGUAACAUAACGGAAACGUAACGGCAUCCCUUCGGCUAACUAGGCACACGUUUACCGUGGACUGUGUGUGAAUUAGCUGGGCGCCGGGGUAACGUUAGCUAGUCCGCGUCGCUGAACCACUUGCAUGUACAGUAUACGAAUGGAUGUACCGCCGACGUGGAGGAGCUGUCUCUGCUGAAAGAACACGAACCGGACUGCUACGUCCUGGUCUCGGUGUUUGGACCCGGAACGAGUGGGAGCCCCCUUCACAGGUGCAUCGCGACCAACCAUCAGACUGGAUCCUCUUCUGGGUUUCAUCUUUAAAACCCCUCCUCUGUGUUUUAUUUAUUUUAUUCAAGAGCUCAGCUGAUCCGCACUGAAUCCUGCCCUGAGGUAGGGGAAGAAUCCAAGCUUCCACACAUAGAAACCACUGUUUUCAUUUCCUUGACUUUGCUCCGAAGAGGCUGUGUCCUCCAGGGGGUUGCUGUGAGGGGGGGCUUAUCCAGGCCUGGGAGCUCUGCUGGGGAGGACUGGCGGUGACAUAACCAACAAAGUCCGUGCAAGGAGGAGGCCGUGAGGGGUGGAGGGGGUUGCUGGCUGAUGUGUGAGAUAAUACUACUGUCUCGUCAUACAUAACCCCUCACGCUCCAAAUGUGACCUUUUCAUUUAAUUCCCAUGGAUACCAAUGGAUGCUCCACUGGGUCUCCCUCCGCACGUUUUGGGAAGAACCACACGGCCACUUCCUGCUUUCUGUCUUCCAAUCACGUCCCUGGUGCGGCCGGCAGGUGAGGGGGUUUGAGGAUGCCCCGACACAGGAAAACCAGGCUACUCUACCGGCCCGUUUACAGACUGCUGAUUUUAAUCCCAGUGCUGGACUGAAAGCCAGUUGUCUCCGUCUCGACCAGAGAGCGAGGGCUGCUCCCGUUUCAUCUGCAGAGCCUUUCCACGCGUCGCUCCGGCCGUCUGGGGGCUGAACCGUCGAUCGACGUGAUCUGCGACUCACGGACAAGUUCCCAUUUCUACUCUAAGCUGAGGAAAGACAUCGUCUCGUCUGUUCCCCUUUGUCUUUCCUUUUCAAGCUUUCCACUUUUCUUUCAAUGUCAUUCCUUGCGUUGUCUUUUGACCCGUUGUGUAAGCUCGUACCUCCCACACCAGGCCUACCUCUACCAACUGUUGUACCUCACUGAACUGACCUCCCGUCUAUGGUCGAAUCCCACAUUAUCAGCUUGGCUUCCCUUUGGGUUCCACGUCCACAGGAACAAAUCAUUAGAAAAAAGGGUUUUAACAACUGUUUUUAUAUCUCAAUUAUGGCCAAGUUGUUUCCUUGGCACUGCAGUCAUGUUUCUCACUAAGUCUUCAUCCACCUUGUUUUACAUGAAGCCGAUUCUUUGUGCGUAAUUGAUUAACACAUGUGGGGUUGAACAGAGUGAAACUAGGGUUGUGUAUUUACCUGCAGAGCUUUAGGAACACUCUGCCCCCCCCCCCUCCCCUCUUUACAAUCUGUGGCUUAUUUGUUCGUCCUGCCUUCCCACCUGUUUACUGGCUGACAAGAAAAAAAGGCUUUUGACUUGUAGGCUUAUUUUAAUCUCCCGCAGUCAGGAUUGACCUACGAACUUAAGCUCCUCAGUGUGGGGAAGAAAGUGUUUUGCAUUUGCCCACGUGAAAGAGGACCCCCCCCCCUCAUUUAUUCCUCCAUCUCUUUUGUAUUGUAUUGUCCUUUCACCAUCGUUUUUGUCCCCGAGCUACUAACCCCCCCCGCCAAACAGAAGUUACAAACAAAACAGGCACACACUUCCACCCAAAGGAAGUGAUGCCAGGCGUCAGCAGCAAGAGCAGAGGGCGGGGUCCGUCCUCGUCGCCCCUCCCGCACACCACGGUCCCGACCGCCAGACCCCUGAGACCCUCCCGCUACGUGCCGGUGUCGGCGGCCACUUUCUUCCUCGUGGGCUCCACCACGCUCUUCUUCUGCUUCACGUGCCCGUGGCUCUCGGAGCGCUUCUCCGUGGCUGUGCCCAUCUACAAUGGAGUCAUCUUCCUCUUCGUCCUGGCCAACUUCUGCCUGGCCACGUUCAUGGACCCGGGCGUCUUCCCGAGAGCCGAAGAGGACGAGGACAAAGAGGAUGAUUUCCGCGCUCCCCUCUACAAGACCGUGGACAUCCGAGGGAUCCAGGUCCGGAUGAAGUGGUGCUCCACCUGCCGCUUCUACAGACCGCCACGGUGCUCGCACUGCUCCGUCUGUGACAACUGUGUGGAGGACUUUGACCACCACUGUCCUUGGGUCAACAACUGCAUCGGCAGGCGGAACUACCGCUACUUCUUCCUCUUCCUCCUGUCGCUGACGGCUCACAUCAUGGCCGUGUUCGGCUUCGGCCUGCUCUUCAUCCUCUACCAUCGGCAGAGCGUCGACCGCCUGCACGCCAUCGUCACGCUGGCUGUAAUGUGUGUUGCAGGCCUCUUCUUCAUCCCUGUUGCUGGCCUCACUGGUUUCCACAUAGUGCUUGUGGCCAGAGGCAGGACCACCAAUGAGCAGGUCACGGGGAAGUUCAGAGGAGGUGUGAACCCCUUCACCAACGGCUGCUGGAACAACGUCUCUCAUGUUCUCUGCAGCUCACAGGCCCCCAGAUAUCUGGGCAGAAAGAAGUGUGUGCAGAGCGUGUGCGUGCAGCCCCCCUUUCUGCGGCCACAGCUGACUGAGGCCCAGCUGGCUGCAAAGAUCCUGGACAACGGCAUUCAGGGAGACCUGCACCGGUCUAAGUCCAGUCUGGAGAUGAUGGAGAGCCAGUCCUGUGACGCAGAGCCUCCCCCUCCUCCCAAACCAGAGCUGCGCUACCCUGGAAUCCCCAGAGGAAACCCAGAGGAGUGCCGUCUGCUCAACAAAGCCCCCCCCACCCCCACCAUGUACAAAUACAGGCCGAGCUACAGCCCCGGCAAGAACCACACGGCGCUCACGCACGCUUACGCCAACCAGCUGAGUCGAGGCGAGAGUGUCGGCAGUGCCAGGGACUCCUCCUCCUCCACCUCCUCCCUGCUGCAGGCCAGCCAGCAGCCUGGUUUCCGCUCUCAGCCCAGCCUGGACCAGAGGGACGCUUCAUCCGACAGAGGGACGGUGGGAAGAGGCGGGGAGAGGAGGGAGGGCGAAGGGAGGUUGGGGCCGGGGGCAUCCCCGGGAUACUCCCUGGGCGGACGCUCGUACCCCUCCUUCUCCGACCCCACGGUCCUAUCGGGAGGGGCCUCGCGAUCUUCCAGCUCCACGCACGCCUCAGCGGGCGGCGUCCACGUCUCCGAGGCAACCACCGCCUCGGCCAGCUUCAAGAGCUUAGCCAAUCAGACGCCCCCGCCUCACCACCCGUCCCGCAAUGGCAGCCUGUCGUACGAGAGCCUGCUGGCCGGUGGUGAUGAUUCUGACAAAGUGGGGGCGGGGCCCCGUGAGGUGUCCUCCGGGAGACCCUGCACUCCAGCGGCCGGUGGCCACAACUCCUCCUUCCUAAUGUCACAGCACAGGGAUGCUGAGACACACUCCCAGUCCUCCCAGUCUCCCCAUCACUACCACCACUCGUCCCACCACCACCACUCCUUCCUCCAUCGCUCCUCUUCCUCCACGUCCUCCUCCCCGCCGCCUCCUCCACAGAGGGAGCACCCGCUGGGCGAGCUCCACCCCGGCUCUCAUCCGCCAUCUGCCAAUCAUUCCUCUGCCCCGCCCCUCCCGCAUCAUCACCACCACCACCAUCACCACCACCACGGCCAUCAUCACCACCACCAUUCCACCUCUUCUUCCUCGACCUCCCGCCCUCCCCGCUUCGCUGCCCCUCAUGCACCGCCCCACCACGCUUAUCCAUAUCGCACCCGCUCCACUGACACCCCUCUGGGAUCCUCCUCCACCUCCACCACCCACCCUCCUCGCUCCCCGCACCCUCCCCCCCUGGGAAAGUCGCUGUCCUACUCGAGUGCUGCCGCUGCUGAAAUGCAGUAUAGGCUGGUCCGGAAGGCUUCUGCGUCGGCUGGAGCCAAUGCGGCAGGUGUAGGAGGAGGAGGAGGGGGAGGAGGAAGUGGAGGGAUGGGAGGAGGAGAAAUACAAGCGGCAAAGGAUGAGCCCAUCCAGAUGAAACCUCUGAGCCGGGCCAACGGCUGCAGGCCCUUCUCCUCCACCUCUUCCUGCUCCGCCCCCUCCUCUCCCUGUCACCCAGUCAGCGUGUCGGCCCGGCCCGGAGUGGCUUAUCCCAGCUCGGCAUUGACGCAGAGUCCCGCCCACAAACCUCAGACUGGCGGGGUGAGGAAGGUGACGGGGGUCGGAGGCACCACCUAUGAGAUUUCUGUCUGAGUGGCAUCCAGGCGCCCCCCCCCCCCACCCUCCCCAUUUCUGCCUGGACAGAGAGAUUUAGGACAACGAAGCACUGAGCGACACCCGGACCUCCAUCCAGGUGUGGAAUCGCUUAGUGCAGAUCUCACUCGCCGUCGGUUGAUGGGCUGUAGCGCUGGACCUUGCUGGACUGUCCCGCCUCCAGACAUCCACCUCAGUAACUGAGUGAGACCGGUGCUGAUGGGGUCGGGACUACCUGCCACUGGGUGGGGGGGUGUCACCGCAGCAAAGCGGGACCCCAAUGCGUGUUUGAUCCUCACUGUGGCGCGAGGCACCGGUUUGCUCUGGUUCCACACGUUUGAUCCCCACUAGCGGCCUCUGGAUCGGCUGGGAGUCCAAUCAGCACUUCUGGACUGAAGCUCCAUUUGAGCUUAUGUUUGGAACAUCAUCAAACUCAAAACCCUCCAGAAGGGUUCGGUCUGCGGCACCAGGACAGAAUCCAAGUCAAGGGCUUCUCGCAAUGUGAUCAGUCUCCAGAUGAGGACACAGCUGGUCACAGACUACCUUUAACAGCCUGCACAAAACAGGGAUUUUAUUUGGCCGUGGACACGCGGGGGGGCUGUCCUACAGGAGUCAUCAGGCUGUCACUCAGAGCAGUUCUGGAUUGAGACAAUGUCCCACACGAGGGACGAGGACAAGCGUGACAUUGAGAAAAUAAAAAUAGAUGGUUCCCCAUUUGUUUGAUUCCUUCCUCGAUGUGAAUAUGAUGCCAUGUUUGUACAGAAUGAUGUGAUUUUAAAUGGGUUUCUUUUUGUAGAUGGCGUUCAGACAGCAGCAUGCACUAUUACUACUGGCCAGUAGAGGCCGCUGUGGACCAAGUGGUCUGUGAGCAAACUGAAGUGAACAAGGAAACCAUGUAGAGAAGCCUUUGUCAAAAGGUCCUUAAGACGAGGCGGCAGAAAAUUAAUUCCUCGAGCAACUGCCUUGAAAUGAAAGUGUUUUUAUACCACCUAUUUAAUUUGAAAUUGUUUUAUAUGAAUUUAUAUGGAAAUAUAGCUACUGUUAAAUUCCGUUUUUAAUAUUGACUCAGAGGGUUGCGCUGUAAUCUCUGACCAGACGCCUUAUUUCAAACAUGGUCUCACAGUCCAGUUGCAUCUGUCUAACUGUGAACGUCCUCCUGCUCUCAACCUGCAGUGGGAGAUGAUUUCAGGAUUACCUUCAAACAUAAACGAGGCUGCCAGUCUGACAAAAUGUGUUAAAUGGUAAAACAAAAGAAUAAAAAAAGUUGUGAUGUAGUGCAACAAGCCUUCCUUUUC